AUGGUCGGGGCAUGUUUACUUCAUAUAAUCGGUUACUAUUUCGUCAGAUGGUCGAAAAGUUUUAUUCUGAUAAUUUCCGUGGAACGUGAAGACAGUUCAGCAUUCUACAAUGAUGUAUUGGAUCGAACAUUUGCCAAUUGGAAACAAUACUCCCUGCAAAUAGUUAAUGUGCAUAGGGGGCAAAAGCGGCGGGUGCGUGGUACAAGAGACUACAAUAUGGUGUUGAUAGAUUCAUAUGAAAGCUUUGUAUCCGCCGACUUAGUUGCCCACACUAAGAAUAAUAAUCACAAUGAAUACUAUUAUAUAUUCCUUAAGAGAUCCGAUGCAAUGUUGUGGCCGGUUAUGCAACAAAUCUUUGAAUAUUGUUGGCAGAAUCACUUGAUCAAUUGUGUGAUUCAAAUACAAACGGAUCGGGGGGAGUUGCAAUUGUACACCUAUUACCCGUUUACACGUUGGCAGUGUGGCAAAGCUCAAAUUGUUCGGAUAACUGGAUUGAAUGCAUCCGGAAAGAUGAGCAGGGAGAUGUUGUUUCCCAGCAAAUUGAAAAACUUUUAUGGUUGUCCACUGAGGGUGGCAAUCUGGCAUAUACCGCCGUUUAUGUCGCUUUCAACCGAUGCUGAGGGGAAUGUCCAACUGGAUGGUGGUUGUGAAAGUAGAUUGUUAAAGAUGCUCAGUGAUCGUUACAAUUUUAGCCUUGAUCUCAGAGUGUUCGAUGACGAUACUCGUGGCAAUGUAUUUCCAAAUGGAUCGACAACGGGUGUUCUUAAAAUGUUAAAUGAUCGUGAAUUGGAUUUUGGAAUAGGCUCAUAUCAUCAAAAUGCUUUACGAAAUUCCGUGGCUACAUCAACUGUCAAUUACUACCAAUCCAUAAUAUCUGUUGUCAUGCUGCGAAGUGCCUUGCGUCUAAGUGACUCAAAAGCGUUAAUCUAUCCCUUUCAACCAAAUACCUGGCUUAUUUUGUUUGUCGUCACAAUUGCCGUUAUCUUGGGAGUGUACAUUUUUCGCCACAUACGUCAUACGACCGUGGUGAAACCAUUUACCGAUGUCUUUAUCAGUAUGCUGGGUAUGCCUUUUGUGCACAUGCCGCCCUUCAAGGAGCUGCGUGUCUUUGCCUUGUCAUGGAUAUUCUUUACACUGAUCAUUCGCAGUGCCUACUUGGGGUUUCUUUUUCACAUAAUACGAUCCCACUUGCUCUCAAAUCCUCCCACCGAUUUGAAUACUCUAAUUAGUCGUAAUUUUGGAAUAAUUGUUAGCGAACGUGUCAAUCAUAUAAUUGCAAAUAUUUCAGAACUUAAGCAACUUAACCAUACGAUAUUGCAAAAGAAACCCGAAACGUAUACAUUGGAGUAUCUGUUGAACCUGCCCCCAGAAGAGGGGAAUCAUGUGAUGGGCAUAUCUGCCGUGGAUUUUCUACAAUAUCAAAUACGGGCCCGGCGAUUGAGAGAUGUUGUGAAAAUUAUGCCCUACGACUUGUUGGGUUUCAAGAUCUGCAUCUAUUUGGCCAAACAUUCCUAUCUGAGUGAUCAAUUCAAUGAGCUGCUAAUAUGGGUACGUGACUCUGGGCUAAUUGAAUAUUGGAAGAAAACUCAAUUGGAUUCGGGUUAUGUGAAUGGUAAAUGGCAAGCCGAGGAUGAGCUAUUCGAUAUGGCAGAACUGAAAACCGCAUUUAUGGCUGUAGGCAUUGGUGAUGUCAUAGCCAUUUUGAUAUUUCUCGUUGAGGUAUUUUAUCACAAGUAUUUCGAUCAUGACGAUGACAAUGAUGUGCUUGUAUAUCUCUACACGAAUAUUCUCAAAUAUCAUCUCUACAUCGAGGGUUCCUAUUUCAUUGCGCUCUACACUUGGCCCCUGCCCAAUCAUUACUACAACGACUUGUACACCUCGUCACAGCUGUGUCUGGAUGCUGGCAUCGCCCAUGCUAACAUUCUCGUCUAUGCUGGUCAAAAUAGCAUCCUACUCUUUCACGAUCUGCCCUUUACCAAGUUCCAUUGUAUGGCCAAUGUACCGGUAAUUGAUAAUAAAUUCGCCAAUGGCCACUGGGAGCAUACGAAAUUUUAUGUUGCCAAGGCAAAUAAUUUGUAUGGUUGUCCGUUGGUUUGUGCCACCUGGGAGGAUAUGCCAUAUUUUGAGGUCUUGCCAGAAUCCAAGACCCCCUCAAGGGAUCAUUAUCGAGGUCUUGAGGGAAGAAGUCGAAUGAAUUUUACCGUUAAAAUGCGUUGGAUGACAGAGUCGGAAAUUAAUCGAACGGUUUAUGAUGAAAGGGGCAUGUUGAAGGAGCUCUUCGACGAAGGAGCAGAUUUUGUCCUUGGUGGCUUUCACUAUAAACCCACCUCGUUUUUCGACAUCUAUACCCCCACCACUACCUACUAUAUGAGCACUUACUAUUUUGUAAUUUCGGCCAACACCGAGCCCUAUGAUCCGUUUGUCAAGCUGCUGCUGCCAUUUCGCAUUAAAGUUUGGUUGGUACUCAUCCUGAUGUUGGUGAUUGGAAAUGUCAUUGUUUUUGCGGCCAUACAAACCAAUUGUCAAUUAAAAUACUUACUCUUUGGAAGGAAGCCUCAAAGGCCCCUGUACAAUACAUUUGUAAUAAGUUUGGGUGGGCCGAUAUCCAGAGAUCCAAAAAUACCAUUUGCCCGAUUUCUGCUCAUCGUAUGGCUGCUGACGUCAUUUGUGCUGCGUACUCUGUAUCAGGGUCUGAUGUUUCAUUUUCUGAGGCACGAUUAUCACAAACUGCCACCGAAGACCAUAAAUCAGUUGCGCCGAGAAAAUUACACGAUUUUGAUGCCGGAAUACAUUUACAACGGAGUAGAACAUCUCAAAAAGCUACAUGAAAAGGCCCUAAUUAUGAAUGGCAGUGAACUGGAGAGUUUCCCCAUGUUAAAUCACCCGGAAAAAUAUGGUUACGAGAAACUUGCCGUUCUGACAAAUCACGAACGUUUUGGGUACUUUAAAUGGUUUCAACGUAACAAUCAAGCCUAUUAUUUGGUGCCAGAGGUCCUAUUUACCCAGAGGUUAAGUAUUUAUAUGAUGAAAAAUUCCAUUUUCUUGAAUCGUUUCAAUAUGUACAUCAAGAGCUAUAUCAAUGAGGGUUUGAUGCACCGCUGGGAGAAGUAUUUGUUGACGAAAAAUACAUUUCGUAAAGUGAGGUCAGAUGAUCAACCCAAGGCCAUGGGUAUAAAUGAGCUGUAUGGUGCCUUGGAUAUAUUGCUGAUUUGUUUGGCGGGAUGUAUUUUGGUGUUUGUGGGAGAAAUUUGUGUCUAUCGAAUGGGUUGUUGGUGGAAGAGGCUUCGAAGGAGGUGGCGAAGGCGUCAAAUGAAAUAUCAAUGGGUAGAUUAA